AGCCUGACAAAUCGUCGGUCUUCCUGACGCGAUCCGCUCGCUACACCGUACUGCCUCCAACUCACGACCCGUGGGCCUGAGAGAUGGCGGAGACUACCAGCGGCGGCUUCUCUCUUGCCCAGGUGCUGAAGACGUUGGCGUUGUGCACGGGCUACAUCGUGCUGAGCGGUGGUUUCGUCAACUUCGACCAGUACCUGAUGCACAAGGGGCGCUUCCCACACCCCAUGGCGCUCACGGCCAUGCACAUGUCCGCAAGCUUGAUGCUCACCUCACUGGUGCUGCUGAUGCGGCCGUCCGCCAUGCCCAGCGUGGAGGCGUACAAGGGGAAUAGUACGAAGCUCUACAAAUAUUUGGCGCCCAUGGGCUUCCUCUUCGCGAUCAUGCUUUACGGCUCCGACAGGGCCCACGUGUAUUGCAGCGUCGCGCCCUUGCAGGUCAUGAAGCAGGCGAACGUCGUGCUCGUCUUCACUUUCUCCACGAUGACCAGGCUGGCGGUUUUCAACCGCCAGUGCGUCGUUGUGAUCGCGGGGAGCUGAGCUUAGUGUUCAUCGGCUUCGUGCUGCAGGGCGUGUCCCAGUUGGCCGAGUGCGCGCGGGCCUUCGUUGCCGAGCUCGUGGUCGCGGGCAUCGAGUUCGAGCUGUGCAUGUUGGUCCUCGGCAUCGGAAGCGCCAUCACGCGGGACCGUUCUGUCGUGGCCGUACCUUAUCCCGAACGCCUGCAUUGCACUCUACCUCAAUGUGACGAUCGCCCAGGUGACCAAGGAGACCUCGGCGGUGGGGUUCAUCAUCGCUGGAGUGGUGAAGGACAUCUGUCUGGUCGUCUUCUCCUCGCUCUUAUUCCACGACCCGAUCACCGCCGAUCAGUGGCUCUCCUUCUCCGUCGGGGUCAUGAAGGGCUUCCCGGAUCACGCGACGACGACGGCAUCCCAGAAGCUGUUGGGCAUUGGCUACGGCCUGCUCCCAAGCGCUCCGCUGGGCAAGAGGCAGAUCGGCAGCGAGGCCACGCCGCUGCUGGGGGAGAAAAAGGUCUGAGCGGCUUGGUGUUAAGUCGGGCCUGUUCCUUUACAGGAGGAGUAUUCC